AUGGUAUCUCUUCUCGGGAAAAAUUUCCUCGCCCUCGCUGCUCUAGCGAACGUCGUUCUCGCGGACUUCAUCUCCGAGAUUACCGGACAAGGCUUCAAGGUCUUGACACCAGGAAAUCCGCAGUAUUCGAACGCUAGCACAGCUUUCAACCUUCGAUUCACAUUCCAGCCGGCUGCCAUUGCAUAUCCCAACAACGCUCAGGAUGCCUCGACAGCGAUGAAGAUUGGCGCUCAGUUUGGCUACAAAGUUGUUGCUCGCAGUGGGGGUCAUAGCUAUAUCGCCAAUGGUUUGGGAGGAAAGAAUGGUGUGCUCGUUCUCGACAUGAGCAGUUUCAACGCCGUUUCUGUAGACCCUUUGACGAACGUCGCGACAAUCGGUCCUGGAAACAGGCUUGGAGAUGUCGCGCUCGCGCUGAACAACCACGGUCGAGCCAUGCCGCAUGGGACUUGUCCCUAUGUUGGGAUCGGAGGCCACUCAGGCUAUGGAGGGUACGGAUUUACGUCCAGGAAGUGGGGGUUGACGGUGGACACCAUCGUCUCCCUUGACGUUGUUUUGGCCAACGGAACCAUUGUGUCUGCGUCUAAGACAAAUUACUCUGAUCUCUUUUGGGCACUGCGCGGCGCAUCAAGUUCAUUCGGGAUUGUCACUGGCAUCCAUGCCAAUACCUUCGCCGCUCCGCCAUCAGCGACAGUCUUCGAGUACAAUUGGGAUCUCUCCACCUCUGACGCCGCCUCUGCUCUUAGCGCCGUCCAGAAAUUCGUACUAUCACCCUCUCUCCCGCAAGAGUGGGCUGGAGAGCUUGUACUCGGCGCAGGAUCGUCUUCUGGGCGUGUCGCGUUUGGCCUGACUGGCGGGUGGUAUGCUCCAGCGGUGGAAUUCAACGCGGUCAUUCAGCCGCUACUGAAGACGCUCCCAAAGCCGCAGAGUCAGAAGCUGACGGUUGGGACCUAUAUUAACAGCGUUCAGUAUCUCGGCGGUCUGGGUCGCUUGAACACGACGAGCAUACCUGACUCGCAUGACACGUUCUACGUCAAGUCGUUGAUGACACCUGAGGCGAGCCCGAUUAGCAACCAGGCAGGCCAGGCAUUCAUGACCUAUCUCGCAAACGAGGGAUUUCGUGCGAAUACUGAUUGGUUCGUGGAGGUGGAGCUGUAUGGAGGGCUCAAUUCAGCUAUCAACAACGUACCUUUGAAUGCAACAGCAUUCGCCCACCGUAAUUCGUUGUGGACGAUCCAAUUUUACACGUCGGCGCAAGGGGGUGUCCCUCCAUUCCCGAAAGAGGGAUUCACGUUGCUUGACGGAAUGGUUAAUAGCAUCGUCAACAAUAGUCCAAAGGAUUGGGACUACGGGGCGUACACUAACUACAUCGAUGAUAGAUUGAAAAACUGGCAAUCCCUCUACUAUGGAGAACACUACAAGACGCUGAAGAGCCUUAAGCAGCGAUACGAUCCACAAAACACCCUUGACUUCCCCACGGCUAUCCAGGAACCGCAGUGA